UCCUGUCCUGCCUCAGAGGUGUCAGCAGGUAGAUCAUGAGCCAUCGGCUCCUCCGGGGCAGGCUGUAGAUUACACAACUCUCAACCAAAGGACCAAGCACACCAGGCACCAUGGGACAGUGUCGGUCAGCCAAUGCCGAGCAUGCCCAGGAAUUCAGUGACGUGGAGAGGGCCAUUGAGACCCUCAUCAAGAACUUCCACCAGUACUCGGCGGAGGGUGGGAAGGAGACGCUGACACCCUCCGAGCUACAGAACCUCGUGACCCAGCAGCUGCCUCACCUUAUGCCGAACAACUGUGGGCUGGAAGAUAGAAUCGCCAACUUGGGCAGCUGUAACAACUCUAAACUGGAGUUUGGAAGUUUCUGGGAGCUGAUUGGAGAAGCAGCCAAGAGCGUGAAGCUGGAGAAGCCUGUCCGGGGGAGCUGAGAAUCUUCCCCUGGGAUUCUUGGGGGGAUGCUGGGGAAAGGGGACCUUAGAGACUGUGGGCCUGGAAAUAAAACUCCUCUCUUUACCGUCACCGCACUGUUCCCCAGCCCGUGCCUGCCUCACCUCUG